AGCGAAGCACUCUGAUUCACGCACAAAUUACCAUUUGAAUCCACCAUAUCUCUUUCUUUCUUUAAUCCCCCACGAGUACAGCGAAGCGAGGACCGAGAACCUCUAUCUAGAGAGAGAAAGAAAGAGGAGAGAGAGAGAGAGAGAGAGCAGCUUCGGUCAUUGCUCCCGGCAACAGAUAGUUUUUACUCUAAAAGAAGCUACCUGCAUUGCCGGCAAUAAUGGUGGAUCUUACUCUUUUCGCCUCUCUUUUACCUUUCCUUUUUGGCUUCCUCUUUCUUUAUUAUUUUGGCUUUUUGAGGAAAAAAAAUCAGGAUAUUCGGUCGAACAGCCCUGCCUCCGCCGCCACCACCACCACCACCACCACCACCGCCGUCGUUGGAGGAGGAGAAUGCGGAUCGAGGGAUGACGUCAUCAUUGUCGGUGCUGGCGUCGCUGGCGCUGCCCUUGCUCACACUCUUGGCAAGGAGGGAAGACGUGUUCGAGUUAUCGAAAGAGAUUUAACGGAGCCCGACAGGAUUGUCGGAGAACUCCUACAACCAGGCGGUUACCUCAAACUCGUCGAAUUAGGAUUGGAAGAUUGUGUGGAGGAAAUCGAUGCUCAGAGGGUGUUCGGUUACGCACUAUUCAAAGACGGAAAAGCCACUCGACUUUCGUAUCCAUUGGAGAAAUUUCACUCCGAUGUAUCUGGUAGGAGCUUCCACAACGGACGCUUCAUUCAAAGGAUGCGAGAAAAAGCUUCUUCUCUUCCAAAUGUUUGUGUCGACCAAGGAACUGUCACAUCUCUGCUCGAAGAAAACGGAACCAUCAGAGGUGUACAGUACAAAACGAAAUCCGGGCAAGAGUUGAAAGCUUACGCACCCUUAACAAUCGUAUGCGAUGGCUGCUUUUCUAACCUCCGACGCUCUCUUUGCAGUCCAAAGGUGGAAGUGCCGUCUUGUUUCGUCGGUCUGGUCCUCGAGAAUUGCCAACUCCCGUUUGCAAAUCACGGCCACGUGAUUUUAGCAGACCCAUCGCCUAUCCUAUUUUACCCCAUAAGCAGCACCGAGAUUCGCUGUCUUGUUGACGUUCCCGGUGAGAAAGUUCCCUCCAUUUCAAACGGUGAAAUGGCCAAAUAUUUGAACACCGUCAUUGCUCCACAGGUCCCUCCAGAACUGCACGAUGCUUUUAUUUCCGCGAUUGAGAAAGGGAACAUAAGGACAAUGCCCAAUAGGAGCAUGCCAGCUGCCCCUCAUCCUACGCCGGGUGCUUUGCUUAUGGGGGAUGCAUUCAACAUGCGUCACCCAUUGACAGGUGGCGGAAUGACUGUCGCACUAUCGGAUAUUGUUGUCCUGCGCAAUCUCCUUAAGCCACUGAACGACCUCGGCGAUGCAUCCGCUCUUUGCAAAUAUCUCGAAUGUUUCUACACUUUGCGCAAGCCUGUGGCGUCGACUAUCAAUACAUUGGCCGGUGCACUAUACAAAGUGUUUAGUGCUUCACCGGACGAAGCAAGAAACGAGAUGAGACAGGCGUGCUUCGACUAUUUGAGCCUUGGAGGUGUUUGCUCAAACGGGCCCGUUUCUUUGCUCUCGGGUUUGAACCCUCGCCCACUCAGCUUGGUUUGUCAUUUCUUUGCUGUGGCUAUAUUUGGGGUUGGUCGAUUAUUGCUUCCCUUUCCAUCGCCCAAACGAAUGUGGAUUGGAGCUAGAUUAAUAUCGAGUGCUUCUGGAAUAAUAUUCCCAAUCAUAAAGGCGGAAGGUGUGAGGCAAAUGUUCUUCCCAGCUACAGUACCUGCUUACCACAGAGCUCCUCCCACUAAAGAUUCUGAUGUUGAUGUCCAAAUUUAGUUUUGUAUUAAAAAAGUCGAAAUCGUCGCAUAUAUUUCGGACUUAGGUCCGAUGUUUUUGUGAAUGAUUUCGAGCAUAUUAAGAUACCAUGUAUUUUUAUUUUUUUGUUGAAUUAUUUGAAGUUGUUGGACUUGUCUGUAAAUAGAUCCUUCCCUCUAGUGUUGUUCUGGACUAUGUUUAGUAUGAAAAGGAAAAAAAAAAAUUUAAAAAUUGUUGUUUAAA